AUGGGAACAUCAAGUGAAAAAUAACAAAAACCUGCAGACAAAUAUUCUCAAAAUCCAUAAGACUAAAUAUAAUCAUAUUUAGACAGAAACGAGCCUAAAAACAAAAAGGGUAUGAUAAAGAUAAUUAUUCUAUUAGCCAUCUAGUGUGUUGAAGAAAAGGAGGUUUCUGAAUAGGAAAAAUAAUUGUAAUAAUAAUCAGAAAUCUCAAGGGAAGUUGAUGAUUUAUAGAAAGAUGUGAUAGAAAAAUUAAAUGAAGUAAUGUAUAUUUUGAAACUAGUUGGAUUUAGCUAUGGGAGAAUUCAUAGAUAAAAUAAAAAAAAAUCGUGAAUAAGAUUAGGAGUGA